CGCGUCCACAUCCUGGAGAAGCACCUCGACCGCGAGCUCGACGUGCUGGAGAAGGCGAAGCAGGCCGAGCUCGACCAGCAGGACAAGCUCCACAAGGACUUGGUCACGCGCUUGCACCAGGCCGCCAUUCAACCUGCCCCCCCUCGUCCUGUCGCGCGCUCUGGCAUCAGCAUCCGCGACGUGCUGGCAGGAGAGCCCGACGCCAUCACCAUUUCCGACGUUGACGGGCUCUUUGCACUGGACGACCCCGAUCACGAAGUGCCAGGUACUGACCGAGAGGAGCUCGCCAAGCGUCGAGCGGCCUUGCAAGAAGGUUUGACAUCCCUCACCAAGGGUCUCUCCGCUAGCACGGUGGGCUCCAUCGACGAGAUCGAGGCCGAGCACGCCACCCGCGUCAAACGCCUCGCCAAGAAGCGCGGGGUCGGCGACGCGCCAGACACUGCUGCCAUGCCC